CCUCCUCCCCCGUCUCCAUCCCCUCCCCACUCGGCCACUGCCAGCAGGCCAGCAGGGGGAGGCAGCGUGCAGCCGGCAGCCCGGCACGAACAGAGCAGCGAGUCUUCUUCCCCUCCCCGCACGGCGAACCCUCGCGCCCCCGGUCGGGUCGACCCCCCUCCGGUCUCCGCCCUUCGUCCGCAGGAUCGCGUGGGGGGUAUCCAGCUUCUCUGGUUGACAUCUGUGAGAUUGAAGCUAGUCACAUUUUGUCAUCUUUAAGAAUAAGGAACAUUAAUGUCACCAAAAGUACUUUCCUCAAUGGAGCUUGAAGCUGAUUUUGAAGGUGAAGAUGUUAGUUCAAAUGAUGGAUUACAGGAGUUGUGGCCACUUGGCGAAAUAGACCCAAAGAGAGCGAGGUUCCCAUGCUGUAUUGUCUGGACUCCUCUUCCUGUAGUUUCAUGGCUUGCUCCUUACAUAGGGCAUGUUGGAAUCUGUCAGGAGAAUGGGGCUGUCUUGGAUUUUGCUGGUUCAAAUUUGGUGAGCAUGGAUAAUUUUGCUUAUGGUUCAGUCGCCAGAUACCUCCAGCUUGACAGAAAGAAGUGCUGCUUUCCUGCUAAUCUUGCGGCUCAUGUAUGUGAGCGGUCGUACAAUCACUCAGAAGUUGGAGCUGCAAUAUCAUGGGAUGAUGCUCUUCAAUCAGGCAUGAGGCGCUUUCAACACAAGUUUUACAAUCUGUUCACCUGCAAUUGCCAUUCAUUCGUGGCAGACUGCCUGAACCGUGUCGCCUACAAUGGUUCUGUGGAGUGGAAUGUUUUGAAUGUGGCGGCCCUUGUUUGGUUUCAUGGCCGAUGGGUGGACAAAAUGUCUGUUUUUCGUUCACUCUUACCUUUCUUAACUGUAACAUGCAUCGGUAUUUUAAUGGCUGGUUGGCCUUUCCUUGUAGGGAUGGCAGCAUUCUCUGCUCUUUUGAUUGGAUGGUUUAUCUUUACAGUAUGCUGCUUUAAGGGCUUGGUAUGUUGAUUGAUUUAUAUAGAACUUUUUGACUGAACCCGCAAAGAAUUCUUGAAAGGAACACUGAAAUUACUAUCAUGUUCAUCCAUUUGAAAAAUUUUGGAAGAAAGCACAUGUACUCAGCGUUUCA